AUGGCUUGUUGUUGGGCCAUUGUCGCCGCGACUCUCGUAUCCUGGCAAUAUGUGUUGGAUACCGACUCUUGGAGCUUUAUUGUUGCCUCGCCCCAAGAGCUGAUCGAACAGUUCGAAAGGCAUUUUGAAGUGAGGAACACGCAUUUCCAAACUGAUCAAGACAAGUGUGGAUGCCGGAGAGGUGAUCCACGCCGUGCAUUUGAGUUCAUAAAAAACCACGGCAUCAAUAUAAAUCCAAACUAUCCAUUUAUAGCCCACCUACGCACGGAUUCACAAAUUCCCACUCAUUCUGUCAAGAUGUUCAUUAAGGAUUGGCUUGAUAUGAGGGGUUAUUCUGUGGACCGAGUGAGGGAUGAAUUAAAACUUCAUCCCAUUGCGGCCAGUAUAGAAGCUACCGAAAGUUUUAUGCAGCACCGCGGAAAUAGUGACAUUUUUCUUGGAGAUUAUAUCUUUCAUCCAUCUAGUAGUACUGCCUUGCAUAACCACGUUGUAGUUGUAUACUCAAUUGAUGAGCACGAGGGAGAACUUUAUUACGAGGUUCAAGACUCGAAUCUUGACUGGGGAGAAGGUGGUUUUGGCAAAAUCUUAUGUUCUUUAAUGAACCCCAUAGGUGCUUGUAGCGGUGCGUAUAUAAAAAAGGUACACUCAGUUGACGAGCACGAGGGAGAACUUUAUUACGAGGUUCCAGACUCGAAUCAUAGAAAUAUAACCUUAUACUAG